CUUCGUUGAUUUUCUUAUUUGUGCUGUUAUCGUUUUUCGGAGUAUGGCUGCAUUUGGUAGAAUUGCGAAUCGAGUGUUAAAUUUAACACCAAAUUUGCGACCAUUACAAAGAAAUCUUCACAAAUUAAACAGUGCCAAAAGUGUGCCAAAGAAUUAUACAAAAUAUUUAGUGCUUGUGGGUGGUGGUCUGACUGCGUUGAUAUGUACAAAUUAUCUCAAAAGCGAACGUUUAGACGCUGCUUUUCGCAUGCGAAAGAGCGAAGAUGAAAAUUUGCUUAAGAAAUUGACGUCACGUGAGCGCCGCUUCAUCAAGUUCGCAUCGGUGGAAUACCGCGGCCAAUUGUAUAUGACACCGCAAGAUUUCCUAGAUUCUGUGGUUGAGCAAGAGCCAAGACCACGCCUGAAACGACGCAUGCUGAGUGACCAAGACUUGCAGACCAUAAAAGACAACACACCGCCCUUGAAGAAAGGCUCAAAAAUGCUAUUUCGCACACUAAGAGACAGAGGCAUUGUUUCGUACACAGAGUAUCUCUUCCUGUUAUCCGUUUUGACAAAGCCCAUUUCUGGUUUUCGCAUUGCAUUUAAUAUGUUCGACACUGACGGCAAUCAACGCGUUGAAAAGGAUGAAUUCCUGGUGAUUUUGAGAAUUUUGGGUGGUACUUUCAAGCAGUCUAAAGUCGACGAAGAAACGCGUAAGCUUUUGUUAAGUUUACUUUGGACUCAAGAAACUGCGGAUGAAAUAUUUUUCAAAGCUACAAAAAAAGCUGACGAAAGCAACGAUAUGGAAAGCAUUUUUAGUGGUGUCUGGAAGGAUAAACGACGUUCCAAGGACGAUAGCGAUAAAAAGCAAUCGAAAAAUGAACCUGUAAAACGCGCGCAGGACGAUUACAUUGCUGACGAUGAGGGCCUACAGCGCAAACAUCGCAUCGAUACCACACUACAGAUCCAUUUGUUUGGCAAGAAGGGCAAUCAGGACCUCAACUACGAUGGCUUCUACAAAUUCAUGGACAAUCUACAGACAGAGGUGCUCGAAUUGGAGUUCAAUGAGUUUUCCAAAGGCAAUGUGGCGAUCACAGAAAAUGAUUUUGCAAAAAUCUUACUACGUUACACCUAUUUGAAUACGGAGGAAUACGAUGCAUAUUUGGAGCGUCUGAUGGAUCGCGUUAAAGAGGAACGCGGCAUAACGUUCGAUGAGUUUCGUGACUUCUGUCGCUUCCUCAACAAUUUGGAGGACUUUGCAAUCGCUAUGCGCAUGUAUACGCUGGCCGAUCGUGCCAUCUCACAAAGUGAAUUCUCGCGCGCUGUGAAAAUUUGCACUGGCUUCAGCCUUAGUAAACAUUUGAUUGAUACGGUCUUUGCCAUUUUCGAUGACAAUGGUGACGGUAUGCUGUCCUACAGAGAGUUCAUCGCCAUCAUGAAGGAUCGGGUGCAUCGUGGCUUCAAAGUAAGUCAUUGGAAAGUACUUGAGUACGAUCUGGCUAAUGAUGAAUUUAUCGAGGCUGACAAACCGUUGUUUGCGGUGUGGCGUCAACGCGCUUGUCGCCGCUUAGAACAUUUCAAGGACGCCGAGUUAUUCGCUUAAAACUGACUGACUAUUAUUUUUACUAUCAAAAACUUAUUUGAAAGUUUUUAAAAUCAAUUUAAUUGUAAAGAGGCUAGCAGUCCAUUUGAGUUCUCUCUCAUUUCCUGAGUGCCGCGUGUGCCAUAGCAUAGUUUGUUCAAAAUAUUUCCUAACACAUU